AUGGCUACCGUCCAGGUCAUCACGCCCCGCACAUCCCCUCGCAUUGGGAUCCACGCAAACCCAUCCGUCCAGGCAUACCAUCAAAACCUUUCCUCCCAUAUCCACACUCUCCUUCGCUCGGCCGGCGCACCUCAUGCCGGUACAUCACUGAAGCCCACGCCGCUUGCUGAGGCGGGUCGAAAGACAUCGGAUGAGAGCGUCAGCAUGACGGGAACGAGCCAAAGGGGAAGCGGAACCACGCCGGAGAGCGGGAAAAUGGGGGAGAGCAUGUACAGCUCAACGGGAGGCGUGGCAUCGACAGAGACGGGACUGGAGGCGGUGACAGAAGCAGAAGGGGAAGCCGAAGACGGCCCACCGGAACUCACCGCACGACCGGAACUCGUUCCGCGGCGGUCGCUCCUGCAUAUUCCAGACCAAACGGCGCAUGCAGGCGGUCAGUCAGCCGCGUCGUCAAUGUCGGGCGAGCCGGAAACUAGAGAGCAGGAAUUGCAGUCGGCGUGGCAGGCGGAAGGAAGAAAGGUGUGGCGGACGAUGCCGGAUGGGUUCACGCUCAACUUGGAAACGCCCAGGCGGGGGAGCGAUGUUUCGCGGAGUGCGGGGGUGGGCCUAGGGAUUGGACUAUCCGAGGGGAUGGACAGGCUCCAAAUGGGACGGGCGGAAAGUCGAACCACAUCCCACUCGGGCGUCGCCGCUUCAUCCGUCAGUCGCAGUCCCGCCCUACCCACGGUAUCGUCCUUUGUCGAUACUGCCGCCGCGACUGCCGCCAGCACGAGCCGGGUAUCCUCACGCCCGGUCUCGAGACAGGGCAGCGCGCCACUCCGCGGCGUCAACGACGAGAAGGAAGAGUACGAGGCGAAGCGGCUCGCUCGGUUGGAGCGGAAACGGGGUGACUUAGAGAGGAGGGUACAGGCGUGGAGCAAGAAGGUCCAAGCGGAAACUACAGAGGAGGAGAACCGCGAGAUCUUCAGAUCAGCCAUAUCCACCACACCACCCUCCCCUCGGGGCCGGUCUGCCGCCCCACCCCUCCAACGCCCAGUGCACCAAUCCCUCCCCUUCUCCAGCGGCAUCUCUCACACCUUCAGCGCGGACCGGCGGCCACUCCAUGUCGUCCCGCCUACCCCAGACCAAGAGGUCAGCUCCAUCUUUGGCGCUCCGGCCAAGAUGGCCCGUCCAGUCAGCUUGACGGGCGGGGUGGACCUCCACGCCAAGCUGCGCGCACUUGAGGCGCUGUUGGGUCCCACGCCGACGACGCCGGUUGGGACACCUCCCCCGGACUUGCUGUGUCUGCAUAGAGAAAAGGAUGAGGGCACGAUCAAGGGGAGGCGGACGUCCCGGAGCAUAGGGAUGGAGGAGGAGGUGGCGCAGACGCCGAGACCGGCUGCGGGGGGUCUGCUUCAGUGA